AUGAGUGACUUAUUGGACUCGAGUUGUGGUCAGUCUGUGGUGCGUCUGGUCUCACGAGGAAACGCCAUAAUCGCGGAACUGUUGCGUCUGUCAGAAGUGGUGCCAAAUGUGUUCCGAUUGGACACGAAAUCAGACCAAACCAAGUACUCGGAAGUGAUUUGUGACUUCAGUUACUUCAAGACGUGCGACGCCUAUGACAACCGCAUUGAAUCCAAUCCUCAACUCCUCGACAGAGACGAAGAGUUUCGCGAAAACUAUAUCGAAAUACUGACGCGUUUUUAUCUGGCCUUUGAAAGUGUCCACAGAUUUACCGUUGAUAUCAACCGCUAUGUCGACGACUUGGAGGAAGGCGUGUAUAUCCAGCAGACACUGGAGUCAGUACUUCUGGAUAACGACGGCAAACAAUUACUGUCGGAAGCGCUAUAUCUGUGCGGAGCUAUGCUUCUGGUGGUCGACCACCGGAUCGACGGACUCGUGAGGGAACGCAUUCUGGUCUCCUAUUAUCGAUACAGCGCUCAGCGGUCGACCUCCGACUCCAACAUCGAUGACGUCUGUAAUCUCCUCCGAAGUACUGGUUAUUCGCCUUCUGGCAGACGUCCCGUCAAUUACCCCGAAGACUACUUCAGACGCGCGCAGAUUCGGCCAAAUUUGGUGUCUUUAGUGAUCGGAAGAAUGAGAUCCGACGACAUCUACAACCAGAGCAGUGCUUACCCCCAACCCGAGCACCGGAGUGUAGCGCUGGCCACUCAGGCAGUCAUGCUAUUCAUCGCUCUGUACUUCUCAUCCGAUAUACUGAGCAACGAAUCGGCGGCCAUGAGAGAGAUCGUCGACAAGUUCUUCGCCGACAAUUGGGUUAUCAGUGUUUAUAUGGGAAUUGUUGUCAAUUUGGUGGAGGAGUGGGAGCCCUACAAAGCGGCCAAACAGGCUCUCGCCAACACCAUCGACGCCAAGAAUAUUAAGAACCAUUCAUAUAGACAUCACUCGAAAAUUGUGAAACUGUUGCCACAAUUGCAACAACUCUUGAAAGAGGGGAAUCUUACUGAAGAGAUAGUGUUGGACAACGUCUCCAAACUCAUGAAUCUGAUCCGUGACUGUAAUGUUACUCUUCGGUGGCUAACACUACACACGUGUCAACACAAUAUCAGUGAAGCGAAUAUUGUCAGCAAAAAGUGUAAACAAUUAAAAGAUUUGGUGGUAAUUGAGAGCAAAUACGAUCCGUUACUUGUGUUUCAAUUGCUGUUAAAUACGGCAGAGUUUGAGCUGAAGAUCAAAGACAUGUAUAAACAGCUGCUGAACGAUAAACAGGAGAAAUGGAAUUUCUAUAAAAAAGAGUGUUUCGAACGGAUCUCAGAGUUGGCGGAAGUCUUCUCCGGUAAUAAACCUCUGACUCGAGUCGAGAAGAACGCAAACUUAGAGCAAUGGUUGACCGAAAUGUCCAAACAAAUCGAUGCCUUGACUUUCGAUGAGACAACUGUUACCAACAGAAAGACUAUUCAAUUGAUUCAAGCGCUGGAAGAGGUGCAGGAAUUUCAUCAGUUGGAAAGCAAUCUACAGGUGCGACAGUUUCUCAAUGAUAGCCAGAAACUGCUUCACUGUAUGAUUAAGACACUGAAUAUCAAAGAGGAUGUGUUGAUAACCCUUCAAAUAGUGGGUGACCUGUCGUACGCCUGGAAGAUAAUCGACACGUCAUUCACGCGAUACAUGCAGUCCGGCAUAAAACGAGACCCGACUCUAGUCAUCAAACUUAGGGCUACUUUCCUGAAGCUGGCCUCAGCUCUCGAUAUGCCUCUCCUCCGCAUAAACCAAGCCUCCAGUCCUGACUUAGUCUCUGUUUCGCAAUACUAUUCGUCGGAAUUAGUGUCUUAUGUCCGCAAAGUCCUUCACAUUAUCCCCGAAACAAUGUUCAGUCUUAUGGCGCGUAUAAUAGAGUUACAGACAAAUCAUAUCAAAGAACUGCCGACUCGUCUCAUGAAAGACCAGUUGAAGGCAUACUCGCAGUUGGAAGAGAGACACGAAGUGGCAAAACUGACACAUUCUAUAUCUGUGUUCACUGAAGGCAUACUCGCCAUGAAGACCACUCUCGUCGGUAUCAUUCAAAUUGAUCCCAAAAGACUGCUCGAAGACGGCAUUCGGCGCGAGUUAGUCAUACAGACGGCAAAUGCUCUUCACAGGGGACUGGUAUUCAAUUCCAAAUCCAAGACCAGUGAACUCGUCACUAAACUUAAAGCCUUGGCUCAAGUGAUGGAUGGCUUUCGGCGAUCGUUUGAAUACAUUCAGGACUACGUGUGUAUAUAUGGGCUGAAGAUGUGGCAACAGGAGGUCUCACGGAUUGUCAACUAUAAUGUGGAGCAGGAAUGCAAUGCUUUUAUGCGCCACAAAGUGCUCGAUUGGCAGAGUAUAUACCAGUCAAAGUCGAUCCCAAUCCCUAAGUUCUUACCUAUGGAUCCCUAUUCCGUCAAUUUUAUCGGUCGACUCGCCCGCGAACUCUUGAGAAUGACUGAUCCCAAGACAACGAUAUAUGUUCAUGAAAUGAGCACUUGGUUUGAUAAUAAGACUCACGUGGAAGUAGUGGAUUCCAAACUAUUCCCUCUGAUGAUGAAAAGCAUCGGAACCGCUGGAAUCAAUGGGUUGGAUCGACUCAUAUCAUUCAUGAUUUUGACUGAAAUCCAAAGCAUUCUUCAAUAUUUGGACAGAAAUUUUACAAAAGAUAAAGUGUGGCCACAAAUACUCUUAGAUAUCAAUGAAAAUUUGGAUGCAAUCGAUGGAAAAAUUACAGCGACACAUUUUACGCGAAUCUUCGGUCCGGCGCUCACCAGAGCAUCCAAACCAUUGCCAGUUGUCUUCGAUGCAUUGGCACGUAUCGGACAAAUGCAGAUAAUUCGCUGUAAUAUCGGCCACGAGUUGAACACAAGCUGUAAAUUUCAAUCCAGACAUUUGGCUAAUGCUUUGCAAACACUCAAUCAGGCAAUAAUAUCUGAUUUGGAACAUCACUGCAACACUUCCAACAAGUCGUUCCUCAAAGAAGACACUCCUUUGCUGUUCGAACUGACCAACUAUUUGGAGUGGACAGGCAUUUCUGAUCCCCUCUCAAAGAUAUACAUCACUUCAAGAGCGCCUCCAUAUCUUGAGUUGAUAUCAUUUCUGCUGACAAUAACACAAAUCGGAAAAUUCGUUUACAUUAAAGCCAUCCAUGGAUUGGGGGCUAAGAAGGGAAGCGAUCAUUCGGAUGGACUGCCAUUCGUGAUGGGAAUGAUCACAUUCUUGAGACAAUUUCAUGAGAACACUACCCAUCAGUUUAUAAGCCAUUGCUCUCAAUAUGUUUGCGCACAGACGGAGAUCCAGACAGCUCUCAGUUCACCGAAAGUGACAGAAAUGUCUUCAGAAGCGUACAAUACUUUGGAAUUUUUGGAUAAUUUCAUCCGAUUCUCGGGACUCCAACGCAAACUCGUUGUCCAGAAUAUACCGGACUUUCUGUUCAAUCAGUUCCACUCCAUCCUCACACCAACCAAAUAG